AUGUUGUUGAAGCAAGCUGUUGCAAGAGGAUUUUUUAACUAUAUUGAAAAACUGAAGUACGAAUAUCACCUUAAGGAAUCAUUGAAACAAAUGAAUGUUGGUGAGGAUUUAGAAAAAGACGACCUUGAUAGUCGUAGAUACAAAUACUUGGAUGAUGAUGGCUCCAUUUCUCCUAUUGAAGAGUCAGGAGCAGAAGAUGAGACAACACAUCUUGAACAUGAUGCAUGUGAUAUCAAAUUAGUAGAGGAGAGUUGUUUCAUUAUAAGUUCUGAAUUUCCAAGCAAGAUGAAUGUGUGUUUACCAAGAGAGAAGAAUAAAGAAGCUGCUUUGUCUACAAAGAGAGUUUCUAAGGCCAGAAAUAACGGACAGAGGGCAGAAAGAUCUGAAAAGGAGAUAAACAUGAAUGGUAAAGAAGGUGGUGGUACGUGAAGAUACCUUUUAUUCUUACAGGAUUCUGUUUGAACAUGGGCCUGGAGUUGAAAGGUACGUCUUAACUGUGUUGGACCAUGUUUGUUUAAAUGUAGUAACAGAUAAAAAUUUCCACAAAAAAAGAUUGUUAGCUUUAGUUCCAACUAGGAGAUUGCCAAAAAACCAACCUUAGAUUUCAAGUAUUUUACAUACUGAUAUUCUUGAAACAAUUUUCUCAGAAUACACUGAAUAGACCAAAAUGUUAGCAGUCAUGACUGUAUUGAGGGUCAUGAUUCACACUUGAAUUUUUUUCCUCAUAGUUCAUGUAAGGCAUAGCAGGAUUACAAAAUGGAACUCCCAUCUGCCAGCAACCCCCUUCCCAAGUAACAAAGCCAAUUGGUGAUACUUGGGUGUUUAUCCAUUUAUGUUCUGGUUACUGAGUACUCUGGCUGGAACACAAGCUCGUUAAGCAUCAUGAAGGGGUUUUUUGGCCACUAAGUAGCUUUCAUGUCCAUUGCUAUUUUUGCAUUAUUUUGUUGCAGCACAUCACAAUUUCUGUUUGUCACUGGCAUUGGAGAGUGUCUUGAGGUCUAUCCCGAUGGGGCCUCUCCUGUGGCUGCUCAUCGUUGGAAACGCCUCAUAGAGUAACACUGGUUUUGCUUUGCUCACAGGUCUGUUUCUUUGGCCUGUUGAUAAGGCUGUA